UAUCUGUUAGACCUCUAUAUUUAGUUUCCUCACUUCUAAAGAUCUACACCUGAUCGAUAGUCACAAGACCAUGUAGAAAGAGGAAGGGAGUACCUAUGUACCAAAAGAACAGGGAAAAGUGGUGUUAGGUGGGGAAACCCCACAGAUGUCUAUCACUCAGGACAUUCAAACAACUGCCUUUUUAUAUGCCAAAUUUUAAAAAUACUUCCAGCUAACAUAAUUUGGCUUUCCCAGUAUAAAGGGGACUAAUUCAUGGUAAUACCCCGCUAAUGCAUGUCACUUUUCUAAAUCUAGACAUUCUGAAUAUUGUCAGUUCUUUUUCCCAUUACUGUUAUAGUCACUAAAUUAUAGACUAAGUAAAAAAUUGUCUACUAAUAAUAUGCUCUAUAUAUGUAGUAGGAGGAGAGGGAAAAUGAAAAAGAAGAGAAUUUUUUAAGAAUUAGUUGACAUAGAGAACAAAUAUAGUGUCUAAACUCCUUACUUGUGCAUUUUGACCAUGCAGGCAUAAUUUGCACAUGAUGAUAGAGUGCUUCUGGACACACCCUGCUUUGUGGCUUAGAAAAUCAGUGCAAUCUUAAGGACUGUCAUAGGCACUUCCAUUUUAAACAACUUAGAUCUAUUGGACCAUGUAAGAGAGUGGCAGAGUACUGCAGCAUGAAACAGCUUAUGCCGUGAUUCUUGCUUUAGUGUCUAUUGCCAGGCCAAUGGGUAGAAGCAAAUAAAUGGUCUAAUACUUGUAUAAUAUACAGUGUCUUCAGAAUCCUAACUAUAUCAGCCAACCAUUUUCCCUCGUUUUUUUUUUUUUUUUGUAGGUAUAGGACUCAGACUCCAACUUACCAUCUGCUGCUUUUGCUCAUUGGCUAGCACUUUACCAACUGAGCCAGGCCUCCAACCCCAGAAUUUUGCCUCUUAACAGAUAUAAGUGCUUGGCAGGCCUCUAUGACAGGAUAUUACCUUUUCCCAAGAUGGCUCAAGAUUCCAUGUUUGCUUCUGAAUGUCAAUUUUGGCUGAAGAAGCUUUCUAUGUGGGAACAGGCCUCCUCUACUCCAGAAACUCAUCGAGAUACCUGUUUUCACCUGCCUCAGUUCCAGGAGUUCCUGAAGCAAAUGUAUAACUCUUUGAAAGAGAUGGACUUUAAUAUAAUCAUUGAAAGAUACCCCACAAUUGGUCACCUGUUGUCUAAAACUUGCCGGAAUCCUUUUAUCUUAGCAUAUGAUGAAAGCCAAAAAUGUCUAAUAUGGUGCCUAUGUUGUCUGAUUAAAAAAGAGCCACAGAAUUCUGGAGAAUCAGAACUUAACUUCUGGAUACGGGGUUUGUUAUCUCACAUACUUUCAGCAUUCAGACUUGAUACAAAAGAAGUUGAUUUUUUAACUAAAAGUCUCGGAUACGGUCCUGUAGAUUACUAUCCUGGCUUGCUUAAAAAUAUGGUUUUAUCAUUAGUGUGUGAACUCAGAGAGAAUCAUCUUAAUGGAUUUAACACUCAAAGUCGAAUGGCUCCUGACCGAAUAACAUCUCUGUCACAAGUUUGUGUCCCACUUGUUACUCUGCCUGAAUUUGAACCCCUGGUGGAGGCGCUGCUCACUUACCAUGGACAUGAACCUCAGGAAAUCCUCUGGCCUGAGUUCUUUGAAGCUGUAAAUGAGGCCUUUUUGCAGAGGAAGAUUUCACUCCCCGUGUCAGCUGUAAUCACUCUCUGGCUUCGGCACCUUCCCAGCCUUGAAAAAGCAAUGCUGCAUCUUAUUGAAAAGCUAAUCUCCAGUGAGAGAAAUUGUCUGAGAAAGAUGGAAUGCUGUAUAAAAGACUCAUGGCUGCCUCAAGCAGCUUGUCACCCUGCCAUAUUCAGAAUUGUUGAUGAAAUGUUCAGGUGCGCACUCCUGGAAACUGAUGGAGCCCCAGAAGUAGUAACGUCUCUGCAAGUGUUCACAAGAUGCUUUGUAGAAACGCUAGAGAAAGAAAACAGAGAGCUGAAGUUUGCUCUGAGGACCUACUUUCCCUAUGCUGCUCCAUCUCUCACUACCAUGCUAUUGCAGCACCCUGAAGCUAUUCCACCAGAACACCAGCUUCAGCCUCUGCAGCACAUUUCUGAAUUGCUCAGAGAAGCAGUUGAAGACCAGCUUUGUGGGUCCCAAGGUUCUCCCUUUGAGAGCUGGUUUUUGCUCGCUCACUUUGGAGGAUGGACUGACAUGGCAGCUCAGCAGUUACUGAGGUUGGAAAUUGACCCUCCUGCAGCCCUGCUGUGGCUCUUGGCAUUCUACUAUAGCCCCCAGGAUGGGAGGCAGCAGAGGGCACAGACCAUGAUAGAGCUGAAGGCUGUGCUGGACCACCUCCUGACGCUGCUCACAAGUGCCCCACUCUCAGCCAUGGAGCUCCAGCUGGCCUCUGUCCAGAGCACCAAUGAAGACUCCAGGCCACUGGCCUGUGGACAGCUGGUCAGACGCCUUAUCCUGAACUUCCUGCUCUGGGCUCCAGAAUGCCAUGCAGUUGCCCAGGAAGCUGUCACCCUUAUGGCGCACAAUGAUGAGAUAACUCGUGAGAUCAUUGGCUUUCUUCACCAGACCGUGUUCAGAUGGGAGCAUCUUGGCCAUGAAGCCCCCAGGUCAGGAAAGCUAGCCAGAGAGCUCCUCCAGCACCUGCAAGCUCAGGUGUAGCAAGGAGCACCAGCUGCGCGGGCAGGCAGUGCAAGGCAGUGGGCGUGCCAAGGCCAGGGACAGCGGCUGGGGCACUGGAUGGCCACCGUAGCUGGAGUGAGGCCUGUGAACUGUGAGUAUGAGGCACACAUGCAUUGGAAUAUUCUGGUUGUACAUGCAUGACAGAAAGAGAGGUCUGUAUCUCAACCCACUAAGCCAGAUCCAGUCACUGAGCUCUUGAACCAAGAAAUUGGUCUUGAAGUAUUGGACAGUUUAGAGAAUAACUUAGCCUAUGCCCACAGAUUGUCGUUCAGAAGGGAGGGGUCUGCGAUGAAGGCACAUCAUCUUGGUUCCCUAAGAAAUUCAUCCCCCGAGUUUCCCUCAGGUUGGAGAGAGCAAUGGCAAGUGGUGCUGGCCACCAGCAAGGCCCUGCUGAGGAGAACAGCAGCUUUCAGUGAACACCCAGGCCCAGGGCUUGAGGCUUUCUUCACUGCCACCACAGUACACUUGCUGCCACGGACAUGGACGACGCCAGGGCAGUGACAGACGCACAAGCAGCAGGGUGGACUGGUUGGGUUGUUCAUGAAGCGGGACUGGGAACUAGAAAUUCUUAAACAGGAAUCUGUCAUCCCAUGAUUAUUAUUCAUUUCAUAUCAGGUUUUUUUUUUCAGGCUCAUUCUUAUAUUGAGCAAAUAUUCAUUUGUUUGAUUGUCAUGUGACUAAGACCUUUUUAUGUUCAUUCUGAUUCAUGUAUUGGGAGUCUUGAACUCUUGGCUCCUGUUUGAAGUAUGAAUAUGGUUUAUGGGAUUAGAAGUUAACCUUUGGGAGAAUUACUAAUUUUGCUGGAUGGCAAUGCUAAUAGAUCUACCUGAUGAUCUGGAACAUUCCAAGAACUUUUGACCCAAGCCUCUUUUCUGAGAAGCAUAGGCUUCAGGUAUGCUGUUGGGAUGCUCUGGUCACAGCUGCCUCGGUCACUGCUUUCUCAGGAAUGUGCCUCAGCAGAAUGCUCUGUACUUGGAGAAAGGUCACUUGCUUCACCUGGAGCUGAGGUGGUUUCUUUCCCUAUGUCAGGUUUGAACAAGAAUCUGUGGCUCCUCCAUGGAAUCUGAACAACCUCUGAGGCCAUAAGAGAAGAGAGGCUCCAUUUGGGAGCAGCAAGGAUUCCCAAAAAGUGGAGGCACCAGGAAUUGCAUCUCCCAGGGCAAACCCAGGGGCCUGGCAGUGUGCUGAUAGUGGAGUUCUCCAGCCCACCCUUCCUCCUCCUCGCUUUUUUCAUAGCAAACAGUAAAUGCGAGACAGUUGUCAAACUCGGAACAGCUGUCUUCCAUUCUUCGGGAGCCGGCAGGGUGUUACCUCAUCCUGAUGCAGCCUGGGGCUCCUGGCUUGUAUGAACUCCCACUGUCUACAAAGAUGUGGGUCUGGAGCAGCGGGUCCUGGCUUGUCUACCAAUUCUUUUCCCCUUCCCCUUCCCCAUCCUGCCUUGAAGAAAGUGCCAAGGAGGAGAAAGUGCUCAGCGGUUAGGGAAAGGCAAGCCACACAGGGUACAGCAGCACCUCCGGAGGCCCUGGGCCUCUGUGUGUAGGCCCAGCGAGCCGCAUGCCGGUGAAGGUCCCUGUCCCUCUCACCACUGUGGCGAGAACGUGCUGGGGGAACGUGACAAGACAUACUGUCCCCUUAAGGAGGCAGAGACCUGCUCCUAGCCAGCUCACACCCAGCCAUGCCGCAGAGCAUUACUUAAUAAACGCUCCCUUAUCUUCCAGUUGCCUUAGAUUUCUAGAAAAGUACGGACAGUUGAGUUCUUGCAGUUUUUUGCAAGAAGUUCAAGUAAGUAGAAGCAAACAGUACAGAACCCGGGGAGGCUUCCCAGCUCCACUCCUUGUCGACUUCCCAGAAUGAGGUUGUCCACACACAUGAGCAGAUGAGCCAGGACACGCUUAGCUUCAGCUCCCACAAUGUCCGCCUCCUUCAGUGAGGGACACGCUUGGCCUCAGUUGCAGAAAGCCAGCUCAGGAGGCCGCUUAGCAAAGAGAUAGCCUCCCUGGCUUUCUUUUGGCAUUGCAGGAGCCUUCCAUGCCUGUGCCCUCCUGGCAGCCUCCAUUGAAAAGGACAGAUGGCCAGCUCUCCCCGCCUGCCCUCCUGCCACUGACUCGUCCUCCUUCACUGACAGACUGUGCAGGAGGAAGUGUGGGAGGAAUUUGUUCUAUUUUUUUCAUUGUACGUAUAGAGUCAGGUUAUACCUAAUUUCAUAUUUAACCAAUACUUUCUCUCAAAAACACCCAUAAAGACUUCCCUCUGCCUCCUAAGUAUAGAAGUUCCAUGUGUCACAAACGCUAGACCUGCCCUGGAAAAGAUCAGCUAUGGCUCUCCUGUGGCCAAGCACACGAGGAAGGCAGCUGAGGGGCCGGGGUGCCCCCUUGCCCAGUCCUGCCUGACGUGUGCAGCCUGUGCCUUGCUCUCCACCCACAUCAUCCUGGCGCGCCAGGUGCCAGGGAGAAAUGGGAGUUAGUCAAGGGAACAGGAGCAAACCGUGGAGUAAUGGGCUUGCCAGGGGCGGCGGAGCCGCAGGAGCCCUGGCAGUGAGCCUGGCAAGGAGCCUCCCUCAGUGCCGGACCAGAUGAGCCCGGAUUGGCGCAGUGAGGACAAACCUGAGAACCGACCUCCUUCGAAGGAAUCCCAGAUGAUUCUGCCUUCAGUGGAAGACAGAGGAUGUUGGAUACCGUCACCACCUCACCCCUCCUGGGAUGCAGUAAUGGACAUUGUAUUUUAACAUGGAAUCUUUGGAUAUUGUUUAAAGAAAAAAAAUUGCCAAAGAAACGUUGCUGAAUGAGCAUACAUAGGAACCUAGUAUAUUGGCGAAGGCAUGCCAAUCAGCAUUGGGCAGUGUGGCGGCGACUGAGCUGAUCUUAAGGAAUCGAGUGCCUGGCUUUUCCUUCCCAAGGCUGGCAUCUGGAGGGUGGGUCCUGGGAACACUCUUUCCCCAGGGACGGCCCUGCCAGAACUGCUUGUGAACUGAGGAGGGAGGGAGAUAAGAAGGCUCUGGAAUGAUGGUAUGUUACUUGUAAAAAUAAAAGUUUAUAAAUAGAGCUUUCCUAUUCACAAAACGUAGAAUUCUCUAAUCUUUCACUUAGAACUUGCAGCUCAUGGUUUGGUUUGCAUUCCAACCCUUGCCUCCCCUGCACACUCACAUCCCUGCCUGGGCCACAAGGUCAAGACUCCAAAGGCCACUGCUCAAAGCAGACCCCAGGCCUUCCAAGGGAGUGUGGCGGGGAGAGGGAAGAGGAUGUGCGCCCAAGGCUCCCGCCACCUCACAGACAUGCUUCUGGGUAGCUUUCAGCUCCCCCAGCUUGUACCCCGAGGCUGAAAAGAAUACAUUCUACAUGUCAUGCAAAACCAACAAACCACAGAAAAAAAGACUGAUAAAAGUGGACAGAUACAUAGAGCACUGAAUGAUCAGAAAAUCAAAAUAUACUUGAUAAACUAGGAGAAAGUGUUUGCAGCAUACAUGACAAAGUAAUUUUCUAACUUCUAAACCUCUUCUACAAAUCACUAAGAAAACACCACCAAUCCAAGACAUGCGAAGGAUGGAAACACUGAAUAUAAUUAACAGGACAAAUACAAAUGACUUUUGAGAAACUUUUAAUACCCUUAACUUACGGGAAGUGUGAAUUAGUACAGUUGUGUUUCCAUAUUCAAAUAUUGGCCCUGCCAUGUUUGUGAGUGUGCAAAGAAAUUCUAGAGGCAGGUUGUCAGUGCCAACAUUUUGAAUGUAUAUAUCCUAGAAACAGUAUAAUAACAGAAUUAUGAUAUAGAAUCCAGCAAUGCUACAGUAGCCACAUAGCCAAAGGAUGUAAAGUAGGAACUGCAAGGGGUCGUUAGAUGCCCAUGUUCACAGAAACCAUGUAAAACAGCCAGGUCCUCUGUCCACCAGCUGAUGAACAGAUGAAGUAUAGUAGACAAAUUGCAUGGAUAUUAUUCAACCUUAAAAAGAGAAAGAAUCCUGACACUAGCCACAAUGUGGGAGACCUUAUGCUAAGUUAGAUAAGCCAGAUAUGAAAUGACAAUUAGCAAACUUAGAGAGAAAGUGGAAUGAUUGCCAGGGCCACAGGGAACAUGAAUAGGGAGAGAGUGUGUGAUGGAUAGUUUCAGCUUGGGAAGAUGAAAGCAUUCUGGAGAUAGAUGGGGAUGACACUGCACCAUCAUAUGGAUGCACUUAAUGAUAAAUAAUAAAAUGAUAAAUUCUACAUUGUCAAUAUUUUUACCACAAGAAAAUACUUGAUUAAAACAUUUUAAAGUGUGUAUGUUUUCACCUUGUAACAAAAACUCGGUUCUUCACACCCCUGCCUUUCUGCUAUAAUGAACAAAUCUAGGUAAGAGUUUCCCCACAGUGCCUACACAUGUAUACAUGCACUAGGUUCUUUACCUGAACAGUGCUUCCAUGACCCAAGGACCAGAAGCGACUCGUUUCAUCAAUGGAGUUCUGGCUAGAUGAAUUUGUGAAAGUGGGGAGAGAAGCAUGCACCUUCAUGCUUGAGGCAGGUCCUGUCCCCAGGAUUUCCCUUGAAUCAACUCUAAUACAGUCAAUUAUGCACUGCUUACAGACAAGUGGAGCACACAGGAGGACAAAAAACUUUCCCACAGUUGAAUCUCAUGGAAUGCUGCAACCAUCAAGUUUCAAGUAUUUGGGUAAUGGUGCCAUUGACAUAGAGAAGCAAAAUUAGAUGGAUGUGCAAAUCUUUCUACAUGCCACUGUUGCAUGGAGAAAUCAAAGUGCAGACCUUUGUGUAUCCCCUUACCCAUGGGCUCAGCAUUCAAAGAUUAAAUGGGAUCAAAAAUACUUGGGAAAAAAUGGUGUCUACCGAACCUGUACAUGUGUUUUUCUUAUGAUCACUUCCUAAAGCAAAUGUGACCAGUUUCCACAGUGUUUACAUCUUACGGGCAUUCCAAAUGAUCUAGGUAGGGGUGAUGUGUAGGUUGUAUGCAAGGACCAUGCCGUCUUAU